GGCUCGAGCUUUGUGUUACGGCCUCGCUUCGUUUUCCCUUUCCAUACCUGCAAAUAAAGCUAAGCGACCUGCACCAUGUCGCCGAAAAUCUCAGCGAGCAGAGCGAGGAAACAUGAACGCCAAACAGUCGUGGACGUGUCUUUAUUUUCUGCUGUUUUUCAUAGUGCAGGAGCGAUGCGACGCCUGCAACUGGAUGAUCAGCCAGUACCGAGAGAAGAGCGGCUUUUGUCUCUCACUGCUGAAGGAAAUGGGUGGAGAGAUUAUUACAAGGCAUCAACCAUUUCCACAGAUGGCAUACAAUGAAAUCGAUAAGGCCAAGACAGAAGACCAAGUGAGGUUUCUGGCUGAGGCCACAGAGCACAUCGUCAAUCUCUUCAGUACCGUGUCUGAUGUACAUGAAAUGAAAUGGGACAGCAGGGCACUGGGCAGUUUCCUGAACAUCCUCAAUUAUCGGCAGUUAAAAGAGCUUAAAGAAUGUACAGCAACAUAUGCUGCAAGACCUGGGCACUCAUCCAGUGAGAGACAACUGAAAAGACAUUUCAAGAAGUUGAGGAAAAGUCUGAAAAAAGCUAACUACAGCGCAAUGUCUUUGGAGCGAAUCAGGAACGUGGUGUUGCAUCACCUUCUGAGGAUGGACAUCAUCGCUGCCAAUGUCAGGCGAAAACUAAUGAAGAACUAAAAAAAAAAAAAGAUUGUUUGUUUUCUUAAAGAAGAUCAUGUUACAAUUCUUCACAAACUGGACCAAAUAUGGGACAUCCAGUCUUACUGAAUUUCCAUCAUCUCGGUUUCAAAAUAGUUUCAAUUGCGAUGCUUUUUAAAAAAAAAAUUACCUCUUAAUAGUUUUAUCUAUUUAUUUAUUUAUUUAUUUAUGUAUGUAUUUAUUUGUUUAUUGAAUAAUGAUUCCAUUGUGUUAUAUAUAUAUGUAUUUGUUUAUUUAUUUGUUUAUUUAUGAACUGGAUUUAAUUAUGAAAUAUUGAUACAUUGUGCAGUGUUAU